AUGCGAUUUGCAACCCCCGCAGCCCUUUUGACAAUUGGCAGUCUCUUUGGAGCUGCUGUUGCUCACAACAUUCAACUCGCAGCUCAUGGCAGAGAGUGCUUUCACGAACAACUUCACAAAGAUGAUAAAAUGACGGUUACAUUCCAAGUUGGCGAUAGGGAAUUUGGCAGUGCUGGCAAUUUGGAUAUCGACUUUUGGAUCCAAAACCCCGCCAACGGAUAUGAGGCACACGAAAGAGCUGUAUCUAACGGGGAUCACUCAUUUACUGCCAACCACGACGGCAAAUACCUGUACUGCUUCAGCAACGAGCAUUGGUCGGCAUCUAGCAAGGAUGUAUCUUUCAACGUUCACGGCAUCGUCUAUGUACCAGAGGCAGAAGCUCCAUCGGAUCCCUUAGAGGCAGAAGUUCGACAAUUGUCUGACCUCCUUGCUCAAGUGAAGGACGAACAAUCAUACAUUGUUUUGCGCGAGAGAACCCAUCGUAAUACAGCAGAGAGCACAAACGGCAGGGUCAAGUGGUGGAGUAUCUUCCAGAUGGGAGUCUUGGUUGGCGAAGGUAUCUUCCAAGUUUGGUGGUUGAAACGAUUCUUCGAGGUAAAGAGCCACAGUACCGAACGCUACGGCGUUUUGAGCCGGUAG